AUGGAGAACGUGACAGUGGUGUCUCCUCUCAAACAGCCGAUUGUGUUCGAGCUGGAGGGUUUCUUUAUCCCUCUGGGCUACGGCGCCUUUUUCUUUACCCUGGCCCUUAUUCUCUACAUGAUAAUCCUGCUGGCCAACGGCCUGGUGCUCGGCACCAUCGUCCUGGACAAGAACCUGCACAGGCCCAUGUUUGUGAUGGUUGGUAACCUGAUGGUCUGUGACUUGUUGGGGGCCACGGCCGUUCUGCCACGCAUCAUGAUGCACUUCCUGAUGGGCCAGAAGAAGAUUGCCUACAUCCCGGCCAUCGCUCAGGCCUUCAGCGUGCACACGUACGGCACGGCAGUGCAGACCAUUCUGGGUGUGAUGGCCUACGACAGGUACAUUGCAGUGUGUGAGCCUCUCAGGUAUAACACCAUCAUGACGCCGGCUCGGCUGCUCUCCUGCUGCACUCUCGCCUGGUUUGUUGCUCUGCUGUGUAUUAUUGUUCUCUUCUCCUUCCACAUGAACGCCCCUCUGUGUGGCAACCUCGUCCAACACGUCUACUGCAGCAACCGAACUAUCCUGAGGCUGGCCUGCAGGCCCACCCCCAUCAACAACAUCUAUGGUCCGUUUACAGACCUGGAGGGUUUGGUUUUCACCUGGUGUUUGCAAACCAGCAUCUUCCUCAUCACUGCAGUUUCCUACUUCAGAAUCCUUAAUACUUCUUUAAAACGUGGCCGAGCUGAGAGCAGCAAAGCCUUCCAGACGUGCACGUCACACCUCUCUCUGUAUGUGCUCUAUGAAAUAGCUACAGUGGUCAUGGUUGUGAGUCACAGGUUCCCCUCACUCUCACAAAACAUCAAGAAGUUCUUGAGCAUCAUGUUCAUCAUCCUGCCACCGGCGCUCAACCCCAUCAUCUACGGACUGGCCAGUAAAGAGUUACGGAGGAGCAUCAUCAAGAAUUUUACCAAUUUACGAUGGAGGAGGCCUGACGGUGACAGAGGCCUGACAGUGGAGGAGGCCUAA